GCGGCGGAAGCGGCGCUCGGGGCCGGGCAGGGCCGCGCUGCCGCCCCUCAGACCGCGGCCUCCGCCCCGCACCGCGGCCUCCGCUCGCCCCGCCGCGCUCCGACCCGCCAUGAGCUGCCGGCAGCCGCUGCCGAACGAGCGGGGAGCGAGACAGAGGAAGAGGAGAAGGAAUGGCAAUGAAGAUGAUAGUCAUGUUCCCCAAACCAAACGUAGCACCAGGAAUUCUGUCCUCCAGGACUCGUGGGACACUGAGAAGGUGGCUGUAACGAAGCUCACUAAGGAGCGCAGACUAAAAGGAAACAAAGUGUCCUGUGCGUCCUCCAGCAGUGACAGCGGGAGCAGCAGCAGCAGCAGCUGUAGCAGCAGCAGCAUCAACAGCCCCGACAGAGCAGAGUCCAGCCUCAACCCCAGGAUUGCAGGAUCCAGCCCUGUCUCCUCCCAGCCCUUCCACGAGCAGUCUGCACUAAGCCAAGGUCCUUACUUCCACAUCAACCAGAUCCUGAAGGAAGCCCACUUCCACAGCCUACAGAGCCGGGGACGCCUCCCUACAUGAUGACCCAGCAGCUCCCUGCCUUCUGUGAAGGGACAGCACUGUGUAGAUUUGAUAUUUCAACUUCAAAGUUUGUUAAAAUGGAAUUGCACAAAAUUGCCUGUUGCCUUUUCAGUCUAUAUUUGAAAUAACAGGUUAACAGGAGAUUGUUUACUUGUGGUUUGCUGCACUAUUGCAAUGCAAAAGGGGCUUUGAAGCAAUUUUUAUAGGAUUCUUUUUGGGGUGGUUCUAAAGUACGUGGCAAGAGGAGACUGAGGAGUCCACAUGUGUGUUAUAGGAUUGCAAACUGUCCAAUUCCAAUCGACUGCCUAAUCUGUUUGUUAGCAAGUUGUUGCUUUCUGUAAAGUUCUCUUAAGCGUUCCUCUUCAGUUUUUUUAAGUCCUUUUUUUAAUUUCAAUAAACUAGUUAAAAAAUAAUUUGGCAACAUAAUUUUUUGAGCAUUUAGAGUUAGUGAGAACAGGAGCAGCAAGUGGAGGUGCUCAGGCCUGUGAGCUCCCACCCAGGUCAGGGUGAUGAGGCUUCUCUCAGGAGCUUCACUGCUGCAGGACUGGAAAGGAAACGUGAAAUUAGAGCCAGGACAGGUCGGGCAGGUGCUGCAGGGGCCACUCGGUGCAGGGUGGCAGUGCCUGCUCCAGCACCCCUUUCCAGCUGUCAAAUGCUUUGUUUUCUCAUAGUGUGUAGGUUGUUUUGGCUUUUUUUUUUUUUCCUUUACUUUGACUUUAACAAUGUAAGGCUAGGAGGUGAAAGAGCAGCUCCACCUCUGUUCCAGCAGCCAGGGCACAAGGACAAUCCAAGCCGUGCCUGGUUCCCGUGUGACAGGCCCUGCCCUGGCUGAGGAUGGGAAGCACUGACACUCCCGGAGGUGUCACAGCUCCUGCCAAGGAGACAGAGAGAUCUCAGUGAAGACAAACAGCCA